UCAGCGCUUGCCGCCGGUGGUCUGUUGCUGUACAUUGCUUAUAGCACCGUUACUAUCAAGCCAAAUUCCUCGCGCAGGUGGUCCACCGAAACACAUGUACACUAUUACUUCCUCAAUCUAAUGAUUUCUGACCUUAUCGCAUCGUUGGGUGAAUUGCUCACCAUCAAGUGGAUCGUAGAAGCCAGGGUGUAUCCCGGUACUUUUUGCACCCUUCAAGGUCUCUUCAUGCACGUGGGUGAUCUUGGAGUUUCUCUUAGGUGUGCCAUUGCCUUGCACAUACUGCGAGUUUUGGUGCUAGAGUGGAUAUUUCCGCCAAAAUUUGCGCCCCGUAUACUGGCAAUAAUUUGGCUGGUCAUCGCUAUUCUGGUGGUCGUGCCGAACGUGGUUCAAAACAACAUCUACGGUCCCACUAGCCAUUGGUGCUGGAUUGACAGAGGUAUCAUGCAGCAGAUUGGCCUCGACUACAUGUGGAUGUGGCUGACUGCUGUGUUGAACAUCAUCUCAUACCUGCUCCUUGCACUUGUUAUCAAGCGGCUUGUUGUUGUGGAUCGUUACAAAUUGCACUGGGGGGGAAAGCAAGAGAGGGGAAUAAUUGCUCAUGGAGGGGGGACAUCUCCAGAGAGUGUCAGAGCAACUCAAAUGCUCUUUUACCCCCUCUUGUACGUCGUACUGGUGCUGCCCUUGUCAGCGGCUCGUUUUUCCCAAAUCAGGGGCGACAACGUUCCGUUUUCAGUGACAGCUUCCUCAGCCGCAUUGUUCGCAUUAUCCGGUCUGUUCAACACGAUCUUGUAUGCUUUUACUCGUCCAAGGUUGAUUCCAGGCAGAGCUUCGCGCAACCUAGAGGGCGCGCAUGUUACUAUUGCAGGGAUGGCGCACGAUCGUUUUCGACAUGGUUACGUGGCUGGCGAUGACAGCUUCGUUAUGACGACUGGCUUGAACACGGUUCCAUGA